CAGCAAGCAGGAAUACCGGCGCCGCACGUACCUUGUCGCUCAGGAGAAAUUCUAUACAUCGGCUCCAUGAUGGAUUAGCUUAUAUAGCUACCCUCUCGCUCACUGGCCUUCGUUGGCAAGCACUGCCCAUGAUCGGUCAGAAACGCUUCAGAGGCCGAAUCUACGAGUUUCGGGGCUUUUCAGCGUGCACGAUGUUAACACCAAACGGAUCGCAAACCGGAGGUUGCUCGGGUCACGAGUUAUGCCUCAACGGGGUUCGUGGGGUGGGAAAACGCUGUCCUCGAGCACACCAUGAUACAAUCUUUCUCUACAAAGCAAGUAGUGGUUUAUGAUACAAAAUCCCUUAAACUAUCAUACUCUCGAGUACUGGAGAACCUGGAAAAGUCAAGCUAAUAGAUAGGUAGGUAUGGUAGUGCUCGCUGUGCUAGCCCCCCUUGCCAUAUUGGGGUGUAACUUAUUGUGGUUUAGGUUUUUGUGACUACUGGUGGUCUAAACUGGUAUCGUAGAGAGGAUGAGCGGAUUUUCCUCCACAGAUCAUGGGGCCCGAAUAUAGCAGUAGCCAAGAUCACUUAAUAGCCAGUGUUCCACCGGCCCAGAUGGUGGACUGCUAAGAAUGCAGGAUGCUGCUGGGCGGUCUCUCGUAGCCCGAUAGUCAAGGUUGAUGAUAUCCAGUAGUCGACCAGUCGGACUCACGGCCAAGUCUGCAGACCGGCAGAGUGGGUGAAAUCAUCUCCUGCCACCAGGGCCCAGGCCACCCCCCAAUGGGUAGCUCA